CCUGGCCAGGCAGGCGCUUGCGGAUACCUGCCCUCCUUGGCGCCGCACUGAAGAUUCGCCGUGGCGGAACAGUUGAGUCUCCAUCUGGCUACCAACCCACCCGAGCUUUCUUCUCCUCCAUCACCACCUUCCUGCCUCCCCCUCCUCCCCCUCCUUUCCGUCUUCCCUCUCCACCCCCGCCCCCAAUCUCCUCCUCUUUUUCUCACUACAAGCGGUUGCUGAUGCUGAAGCCGAGCGUCACUUCGGCUCCCACGGCAGACAUGGCGACAUUGACAGUGGUCCAGCCGCUUACUCUGGACAGAGAUGUUGCAAGAGCAAUUGAACUACUGGAAAAGCUACAAGAAUCUGGGGAAGUACCAGUGCACAAGCUCCAGUCUCUCAAAAAGGUGCUUCAGAGUGAGUUUUGUACAGCAAUACGAGAGGUGUAUCAAUACAUGCAUGAAACGAUUACUGUUAAUGGCUGCCCUGAAUUCCGUGCGAGGGCCACAGCAAAGGCAACAGUUGCAGCUUUUGCAGCCAGCGAAGGUCACUCCCACCCACGGGUAGUUGAACUGCCAAAGACUGAUGAAGGCCUUGGUUUUAACGUGAUGGGAGGGAAGGAACAGAAUUCCCCAAUUUACAUCUCCCGCAUCAUCCCUGGAGGGGUGGCUGAAAGACAUGGAGGCCUCAAAAGAGGAGACCAGCUGUUAUCAGUGAAUGGAGUGAGUGUGGAAGGGGAGCAUCAUGAGAAAGCUGUGGAACUUCUCAAGGCUGCUAAGGACAGUGUGAAGCUGGUGGUCAGAUACACCCCAAAAGUCCUGGAAGAGAUGGAGGCUCGUUUCGAGAAGCUGCGGACAGCUCGGCGUCGGCAGCAGCAGCAGUUGCUCAUUCAGCAGCAGCAACAGCAGCAGCAACAACAACCACAACAAAACCACAUGUCAUAGGCCCUCGAAGAAAAGCAGGCAGGUCAAUCAUCCACCAGUCACAAAUUUGGAACCCGUGCUCCGGAAUCCCAGCACACAGAAAAAGGGAAAGAAAAUACCAGGAAUGACACCUGUCACAAAGCUGUGAACACGUGGUGUAUCCAUUCUUUACCAAGGCAAUUCAGCAUCUUCCUCCUCUGGGCACCAGCCACCCCCGUUCAUUGCUUUUUUACGUACUCAGACCUUUUCCAUUCAUGUCAGUGGAAACGCGCAGUGUAUUGAGGGAGAGAAGUAUUCCAGUCUGCAGACUGAAACAGUGUAAGAAUAAAGUCCGUGACUUUUGAACAAAUCA